AAACCUCCCACCUGCGUCCCUCUCGCCUCCACCGCCUCCUGUCCCCUCGCGCGUUCCGUCUCCCAGUAGCGGCUCCCGUCGUUCCCCUCCUCGGUUGCUGAGAUGGCCGGUCGUGGGAAGGCAAUCGGCGCCGGCGCGGCCAAGAAGGCGACGUCCCGUAGCUCCAAGGCUGGGCUGCAGUUCCCCGUGGGAAGGAUCGCCAGGUUCCUCAAGGCCGGCAAGUACGCCGAGCGCGUCGGAGCCGGCGCCCCCGUCUACCUCGCCGCCGUCCUUGAGUACCUCGCCGCUGAGGUCCUGGAGCUGGCCGGAAACGCCGCCAGGGACAACAAGAAGACCCGUAUCGUGCCGCGCCACAUCCAGCUCGCCGUGCGCAAUGACGAGGAGCUGACCAAGUUGCUCGGCGGCGCCACCAUCGCCAGCGGCGGUGUGAUGCCCAACAUCCACCAGCACCUCCUCCCCAAGAAGGCCUCUUCCUCCAAGGCGUCCACCGUCGAUGACGACGACAACUGAGGCCCUGUCCUUUCCCUCGCUGCCACCGCCCGCACCAUGGAUUACAUUUGCAUCACAAAGACGAAGGAGUUUCUUGUUUCGUAGGAUUUAGUGUCUUGGUUUUCAGGAGAGUCCCGGAUGGUAUGGUAUUAGGAGAAUUUCUAGUUGGUGGUCGGAUUGGUUGCUUUCAUCCCAUGGCUGUGAAUAUGGCAAACAAAUUUUCGGGUGUUCAAACUCAGAUGUAAGGCUGCUUGAUCUUGUCCGGUUUCCAUGGUUGAAGAAAUUGAAAGGAACUCAACUUUAAGCUA